UCAGCGAUCUAUAAAGAUCCCCUCACAUCCCAUCUGGCAAUCAAUCGUCACUCCAGCAUCAUUCUCAGUCCAAUCAACCUCCUCUCCCUCUCACCUUCCCGAGAAACUGAUUGGUCUUUUCUAUUUUCUUUAUCUUUACCUUCUCCACCCCGCAUGACAAGGGUUCUCAUACUGUCCUAGGGUGCGCCUUCUACUCCAUCAUCAUGACGGCCACUGAGCCCACGCCGCAGAACGGUGCCCCUGCCGAUCAGAGUAUGUAUGACGAGAAGAAGUCUGGCAAGACAGACGAUGCUCUCAGAAACCUGACCCGCCGAUCGGAAUCGGACGAUCCCUUCGCCCAGCAGGCUGAGCAUGCCUCGCAGCCAACAUCUGGAAGUGAUACCGAUCUGUCCAAGAAAGAGCGAUCUGACGGCAAGCGGGAGCUAACUGAGGACGAUUGUUACAACAAACUUGGCUUUUGCUUCCCUUGGUACAAGAAAUGGACCAUCCUAACUGUGGUCUUCAUGGUUCAAAUGUCCAUGAACUUCAACACGGGCGUGUACUCGGAUGCUCUCACGGGCAUUGAGAAUGAGUUCAACGUUAGCGCUCAAGCGGCCCGUGUCGGGCAGAUGAUCUUCCUGGUUGCAUACGCCUUCGGUUGUGAGUUGUGGGCGCCCUGGAGUGAAGAAUUCGGGCGCUGGCCGAUCAUGCAGCUCAGUUUAUUCUUAGUCAAUAUUUGGCAGAUCCCUUGCGCCUUGGCACCUAAUUUUGGUACCAUUGUGGUUUGCCGUUUCCUGGGUGGUCUGAGCUCUGCUGGCGGUUCCGUCACCCUGGGUAUGACUGCAGAUAUGUGGGAAGUUGAUGACCAGGGGUUCGCGGUUGCAUACGUCGUGCUUUCUUCAGUGGGCGGGUCUACGAUUGGACCCGUCUUUGGUGGAUUCAUUGGGCAGUACCUCACGUGGCCAUGGGUAUUCUGGGUGCAAUUGAUCGUCGGAGGCUUCACUCAAGCUCUACACUUUGUGUUGGUUCCUGAAACUAGGGCGACCAUCCUCUUGGAUCGCGAAGCUAAGCGCCGCCGCAAGUCUGGCGAAGAUCCCAACAUCUACGGCCCUAACGAAUUGAAGGAAAGCCGCCUGAGUGUCAAAGAGGUGUUGAGGAUCUGGAGACGUCCGUUUGAGAUGUUCAUUCGCGAGCCCAUUGUCCUUUGUUUGUCACUCCUAUCUGGUUUCUCCGAUGCUCUGAUUUUCACCUUCACCGAAUCCUUCACGCUUGUUUUCGAUCAGUGGGGCUUCAACACCCUCACCAAUGGCCUGGCUUUCUGUGCCAUUCUCAUCGGCUAUGUCAUCGCAUACCUUAUUUUCCUGCCGGAUGUCUGGCGGCAACGCCAGAUCCGCAAGAAGGAAGGCAAUGCUGCCCGUCUUGCUGAGCGCCGUCUUCUUCUACUCCUGUUCCUAGCUCCCCUCGAGCCCAUUGGCCUGCUGGGUUUUGCAUGGACGUCUAUCGGCCCUGCCUAUGCUCCUUGGAUUGCUCCCCUCAUCUUCGCCUGUCUGAUCGCCAUCGCCAACUACUCCAUCUACAUGGCUACGAUUGAUUACAUGGUCGCUGCCUACGGUGCCUAUUCUGCCUCUGCGACCGGCGGCAACGGAUUUGCUCGUGACUUCCUCGCUGGUAUUGCGACCAUGUAUGCGACUCCUCUGUAUGAGAACAUUGGCGGCAAGUUUCACCUGGCCUGGGGCAGUACCCUGCUGGGGUGCAUUGCCGCGUUGGUGGCCAUUCCCAUCUACAUCUUCUACUGGAAGGGCCCCGAAAUUCGUCGUCGCAGCAAGUUUGCCCAGACGCUAGCCGCCGAUCGCGAGAGACAUGCUGGUCGUCGGGCCAGUCGACUUCGUCGCGAGUCGCAGCCGUACCCUGUCUAGUAGUAUCAACACUGCAUUACGAUA